GUUCUUGUUGCUUGCUGCCUGCCUGCCUGCCUAGACAUGGCGAUAGCUACCGCUCGACAUGGUGCCAGCCACGAGGACUCUACUGCUCCGUGGAUCAAAGGUGGCGACACAUGCCGGUUCGUUCACAGGGAGUGCUCUGCGAAUCCCAUGUUUAGGUCGGAAUACGUCAGAAACAAUCGGUCAAGUGGACACAAGAACGUCAGGUGCUUUCCGCAUUGUUGUGGCGCCCACCGUGAAAGCACCUUUUGCGGGUCCUCCAUCACCGUCCAAUGCACCGACCAUCAAGUAAUGGUGUAUGGACGCUUUGAAGAAGCCGACGACAAUGCUCGCAUGCAGCCCCAUGUGGCCAUUGGCACAAUACUAAAGCUGUCUGACAUUCUCGGCGACGAGAAGACGGCCGCUAGUCCGUUUGGGAUGUGGAUGGUCGGUGCAUCCGUCGGCAACCACCAUUACGAGAUCAACAAGAGCAAACUGUCUUGGCACUAUGGUUGGGUGUCGUCGCGGUUCAACAGCAAGACGUUGCAUCGCUUCCAGGUCUACGUCUUCCAGCAGACGACGCCCCAACAAGUGAGAUGCGUGGCCAAGUUAGCGUCGCCGUCGUUCUCGCUCUGCUCCAGCCGCAAGACGCGCAAGAAGGCGGCGCUAGUGAUCAUCCCCACCAAAGUCGAGCCGGUUGCUUCUUCUUCGUCGUCGCCCCCACUCGCCCUAGUCAAAUCGGAACCACCGGCACCCUACGUCCGGAUGCUGCCCCCCCCGCCACCCAUCAAGAUCGAAAUGCCAUCGUUUGAGUCGUUUCUUCGCCACGAGCCGACGCGACCUCGAACAUUUUCAGGCAUCGACCAACAAGAGCACGCCCCCAAGCGACUCAAAACCAACACGUCGGUCGACGACUUGCAAGCCGUCAAGCCGUCCGCUCCGGCGUCGCCGACCCCCUCCAGCACGUUCAGUUUCUCGAGCUUUAUGAACCCAUUCCCCCAUCCCCACAACGCCCCGUCGUCGCCGGUACCGUCGACCUCCAAUUCUUGUGCGUACAGUUUUUCCAGUUUUACACGUGGCGGCAACGAGUGCAAACCUUCGUCGCCAGUGCCGUCGAUUGCUCCCUCUACAUUUAGCUUUUCCAGCUUUCUACCGCCCAAGGCAUGCGUGGGGCAUCGUCCGCAUAAAUGCCCCAACUCCCCCAAACCCACAGCCCCGUCGUCGCCCGUGCCGUCGUCCGUGCCUUCUGGUGUCGUGACCUUGUUCUCGGACCUGAUCAAAGACGACUACUGCCGGAUGCUCAAGGACUGCCCCAAGCAGCAGCGCGUGUCUCGGUACGACUACAUCGACCGCGCCAUGUGUUUGAGCCAGAUCCACGACGUGGCGUCGUCAAUCAUCUCAUUCGCGUCGCUCGACGGCACGAGAUGGGACGACUUGGCUGAGGCCACGUCGCCCCUCCACGGGUUCAUGGUCCGAUCUGGCGAGUGGGAGUCCAUCUCCAUCUACGAGUGCCGGCCGCGCACCCACGACACGGACGACUCGUACGACCACGUGCUGACGUUCUGCCUCAACGCGAUGCGCCACUGCAUCCGCACCGGCAUGAUCGCGCGACUGCGGUCGUUUCUGCAUUCGCACGCGGCGUCUAUCUUCAAGCCGGAGCUGCUGGACCAAGCGUACGCAGACAUUAUCGUGUUCUUUGAGCAAGAGAUCGAGAGCUAUGUAUUUCCAAGGAAACGCAUGCAAUGCGCGGCGUUCCUCGCGUACUUGCGCCGCAACUUGCCCCUCGAGUUGGUAUCUCAACUGGAUGCAUCAUCUUCUUCCGACGAGUCCUCCGACAACGAACCGCUGGGGUACUUUGAACUGGUAACCCAACUCCGCCAAGUAUACCAAUUCGUCAAGUCGGAAGAGCAGCCCGUGGACAUGACGCCGUCGUUCGUGUCGCGAACAUGCGUGACUGGCCGAUGGCGGCGGGUGCAAGCGCCCACCCAUUCUAGCGCGUCGUGGCUAUUUCGGGUCUUGGGCUCGUUCAUACUACUGCAUUGGACGCUCGUGGAAACCCCCUCAGAGCUCUUGAUGAAAUUCGACGAAAGUCUAAUUCCGACGCUGACCCCGUAUUUGCUCAACGGCGACCCCAUGUUUUUGUCCUUUUCGCCCAUUGGAAUGAGCACGGGGGGCAUGCAAGGCCGGGCCAUGGCGGGGUACAAAGCGUGGCGCAACGACCAAAAUCAAAUUGUGAUCCAAUGGCACAACUGGCCUCGCGGGGAAAAAUGUAUUCGUCGGCGGUACUCUCGAACGCUGUACCGGUCGGAUACGGACCCAGACAUACUGUGCUCGCACAUGAUCGUCGAGGAAUCAGGCACUAUCGGGCAUAGCUUGAAGUCGUUUUCAGAGUUGAAUUUGUCCGAGCGCAUCAAUUUUCCAGGCGAGUGGCGGGUGAUUUUGGACGAAGACUCGACGUUUGUGCGCAUCAAAGAUUGACCAGAGGGGUGGUUUUAGUACUACUACUACUAGUAGUCGAUCGGUGGUCUCCUACUCCUUACUCGUGUGGUGGCCCAAACUCCCACGCGGUCGCAUCGUGGUCUGCGCGCUGCUGUAACUUUAAGUAAUAUCGAGUGCGCUCUGGUGGACUGUACGUGGCUUUCUUGUCGUUGAGCAUUUGCAUUUUCAGGCGCUCCAUGGCGGUGU